AUGAUUUUAUAUCCAGAAAUUGACUAUAGAACGUAUCCAUUAUGCAUAUGCUAUUUAUUACUGUUUGCAACUCACAGUGCCACGAAUGCAACAAUGCAACAUAGAGUUGUAGCAGGAAAAGCUUUAGGUGGAUCCACAGCUUUAAAUUUUUACUUAUUUGUACGUGGAAACAAAAGGGAUUACGACAAUUGGGCAAAAAAUGGUGCCACAGGUUGGAGUUGGGAUAAAGUUUUUCCUUAUUUUUUAAAAGUUGAAGACAAUAGAGAUUAUCAUAUAGUACGCAAUGGCUAUCGCGGUAUUGAUGGAAAUGUUGUUAUACAGACACCACCAUUUCAUGCACCAGUAACAGAAGGAUUUUUAAAAGCAGCCAAAGAAAUUGGAUUUGGUAUUGGAGACUUUAAUGCAGAGCCUCAGACAGUGUUUCAACCACAACAGGGAAUCAUUAAUAGAGGAGCACGUUGGGGUACACUUCAAGCAUAUAUUAAUCCAAUAUUGAUUUACGACAAACAUGCUUAUGGAGUUAAGUUCGAGCACCACGGAGAGUUGUACGAAGCUUAUGCCAAACAAGAAGUGAUCGUAUCUGCUGGGGUAUUAAAUUCUCCAAAACUCUUAAUGCUAUCAGGAAUUGGACCAAAGAAUACUUUAGAGAAGUUCAAUAAUCCUAUUGUAGCGGAUUUACCAGUUGGAAGACAUCUUCAAGAACAAUUAUCGACAUUUAAUAUGGUAUUUGGUGCAAAAACUUUCACUUAUUCUUCACAACGGCUUACAGUAGCACAUUAUAAUGAAUUCUUAGUCAAUGGCACAGGUCCACUAACAUCUUUAGGAGAAAUUGACACAAUUGGAUUUGUAAAUUCUAAAUAUAAUAAGGAUCCUGAUUGGCCAGAUAUUGAAUUAUUAUAG